GGGAGGGAGAGCGAGGGGGCAGAGUAAAGCUCGGAGAGGCUGCAAGUCGAGCUCAGAAUAGCUCAGCACGGCUGGGGGCACGUUCCCCUAUAGAAGGGGGGAGCCCUCGCCCCUCUCUGCACACACGCAACCCAGCUCGGCUGGAGCUGUCCACGCGUCGUGGUGCUGAACCUGGUCCCUAAGCCCCGUCGAGUGCAUCGCAGAGAGGCGCUGGCCGCGCGGCAGAGCAAGGGGGAGCUCGGAGCUGUCCAUCGUCUCGGGUGCCGACCCGUAAACCUGGCUGCAGAGCCGAGCCGCUAGUCCAUGGGAGGCGGAGCGGGGCUGGUCUGAGCCGGGCGCCCGGAGCCUAGCGGGGGCAGAGCGCUCCAGCCACACCUGCUGCUCGUUCAGCCGAGCCCCAGCUGCCCCCGGCCCGCCCCGCUAUGGCGUUCAUGGUGAAGUCCAUGGUGGGUGGCCAGCUGAAGAACCUCACCGGGGGGCUGGGCGGAGAGGACAAGGGCGAUGGCGAGAAAUCCCCAGCCGAAGCCCAGGGGAUGACGCGGGAGGAGUAUGAAGAAUACCAGAAGCAGCUGGUGGAGGAAAAGAUGGAACGGGAUGCCCAGUUUACCCAGCGCAAAGCAGAGAGAGCCACGCUCCGGACCCACUUUAGAGACAAGUACCGGCUCCCCAAGAAUGAAACAGAUGAUAGUCAGAUCCAGCUCGCAGGAGGGGACGUGGAGCUCCCAAAGGAGCUGGCUAAGAUGAUCGAGCAAGACAACGAGGAGGAAGAGGAAAAGGACUCUGUUAUCGGACAGCUGACCAGCAUCCAGAACCUGGACCUUGAUUCCCUGAAGGAUAAAGCCCAGGCCACGCUAGAGGACCUGAAGCAGUCAGCUGAAAAGUGUUCUGUUAUGUGACGCAACUGGUUCCCUCGAUGUAACGCCCCAUUCUUAACCGUAUAAUGUUGGGGGGGGGGAGAUGAAGUGGAUGGUUUGGGGGAAAUGAUGGUGUAUGAAAAUUAACCAGUGGGAACCCCACAGAGUUUGUCACCUUCCCUAUCUGACUUGGAUAGCUUUUCUAAACCCAUGCUCCGCCUAGAUUCCAUGAAACAGACUUACAUGUCCUGUUCCUCUCAUGAAGUGUGUUUUCCAGUGCGAGGCCUGAGUCAGGAGGCAGCACUGUCCGCCCCCAGCACCCCUCCUGAGGUCAGAUCUAAAACUGCCUGUGCCACUGCUCGUGUGGGUGACUGAGUUCCUCUGCCCAUUUUAAUCUGAGUGCAGAAGGGAGGGAGGGUUGUGCUGAGGAUUGCUGAGCUGUGCCUGUGAACGGGAGCAAAAAACCUCUUUAGAGGAGCAGACUGGCACUGCUCUGCCUUCACUCCCGUCUCGGUGAAGGAGAUUUGGCGCAAACCUCCUGGAGGUGAUGACCAGUGUUCCCUUUGCUUUCCAGGCACAAGCCAUGGCAGGGAAAUGUCCCACAUCCACGUAACUAAGGCCAAGAAAUAAUACUACUGCUUUUCACGC